UGUAAGGAGUUACUUCCGCGUAGGUGUUUCUCUGUGACUGGAAGUAAACUUCAAACCUUAUUAUACCUCAGUUGAUCCGCGCCAUGCAAUUAUGGAAAUAUUGAGUUUCUGAUAUUCUACAUCAACUUCAAAAUACCGUCUUUGCCUCGUUCUCCGAAGAGUGUUGUCUUUCAACACGGAACAGUAAAGUUAGCUAGCCACGGUGCAGCUGUGUUUGUCUGUGCACUGGGGAAUGGGAGAGAAUGGAUUGUCUAUGUGAAACAAUUCAAUGUCUGGUUGCAUUGGCAGUGGCUGCUUUGAUAGUGGUCCUGCUGAUAGCCCAUCUGACUGCCGGGAUGGUGGACCUGAAGCGCCAUGAGAAGGAGAAGUUCUUCCUGACUGCGGCCGGAGAGAAGGAGCCGUUCCCCAGCCUACAUGACCCCAGCUCAUUGGAGAUGUCCGUGGUUGUGCCUGCUUACAAUGAAGAGCUACGAAUGCCUGUGAUGAUGGAGGAAGCUUUGGAAUAUCUGGAAAACAGACGGAAGCAGCAGCCAUUGUUUACCUAUGAGGUCAUCGUGGUGAACGAUGGAAGCAAAGACAAGACCACAGAGGUUGCCUUGCAGUACACCAGGCAGUUUGGAGCGGACAAAGUGCGGGUCCUGACCCUGGUGAAAAACAGAGGGAAGGGAGGUGCUGUCAGGAUGGGUACUCUGAGUUCCAGAGGGAGGCUGAUUCUGAUGGCGGAUGCUGACGGAGCUACUAAGUUUGCAGACGUUGAGAAGGUGGAGGCCGGCCUUCACGAUGUAAACACCAAACCAGAGAACAUGGCUAUCUCUUGUGGGUCCAGAGCACACCUGGAGGAAGAGGCAGUCGCUUCGCGGUCUCUGUUCCGUACGUUCCUGAUGUAUGGGUUCCACUUCCUGGUUUGGUUCUUCUGUGUGCGAGGCAUCAAGGACACGCAGUGUGGCUUCAAGCUCUUCACCCGUGAGGCCGCGCUCAAGACCUUCUCCUCUCUACACGUGGAGCGAUGGGCCUUUGACGUGGAGCUGCUGUACAUCGCUCAGUGCUUUAAGAUCCCCGUAGCCGAGGUGGCUGUCAACUGGACUGAGAUAGAAGGGUCUAAACUGGUGCCAGUGUGGAGCUGGUUACAGAUGGGGAGAGACCUGCUGUUCAUCCGCCUGCGUUACAUCACUGGUGCCUGGAAACUGGAGAGCCCGCGCAAGACCGACUAGACUAGCCAAUUACAGCAGCCCACACACACUGAGACAGCCUGUGAUUGGACAGAUGGGGCUGAUGAACUUCCUCUUUGCGCCGGAUUACCGUAAACUGUCAGUUGUUGUGGACUGCGUCUCAAUAGUCUAAAGGGGCUUCCUCUCCUUGUGUCCUCUCCUUGUGUCCUCUCCUUGUGUCCUCUCCUUGUGUCCUCUCCUUGUGUCCUCUCCUUCAUCGGCACUGAUCUGAAAUCACAGGAUAGGUGACAGCAUUAGAGAGGAUGCCGACUGGGAGUUUGCUUUUACCUGUCCAGUUCUUUAAUGUCCAGUGCAGAUCGAGGAGGGUAGAUAAGGAGAGGAAGCUAUUUUGGACUAUAGAGACACAUCCAUGGACCUGUGGAAUCAAUGGGAGGGCUAUGUUCUCUUUCGAACGUUGCCAUUGGCCGAAAAAUCUUUUGAUGACUGAUUGACAGGUUCCAGUCGGUCCCGCCUAUUGCCAGGUUCAGAAUCGUCGUUGCUUUCCGUCACCUGAGAACGGUUUGUGGUAUCCAUGGUAACACGCCGUUGCCACGGUUUUCGAUACAAGCACUGUAUGAUCAAUCCAUGUACCAUGUAAAAAAAUAAAAUAAAAUAAUGUGUCACUUUUUGGGGGGUUAAAAAGGAAUGUUGACAAUGUAUGUAGUAGAUCAAUAUAUAUGUUUAGGUUUUAUAAUGAUUUUGGUGAAAUGGAAGAUGUCAUUUUCAUUGUGUUGUUUCUUAGAGAGGAAGAGGGGUAAAGGGGUUGUAUGACUUGAACCAAAUUAAAUGAAA